AUGAAGGGUGGGAGUGGGGGUGGGGGUGUUUCAUCGUCAUACUCCCUUCCGGCCAAGAGAAGAUGGAAGAGUCUGGUGAUGGCGGUGCUUGGCCUGGUAUUUCUUUCCAUGCUAGUCCCGCUUGUCUUCUUGCUCGGCCUCCACAGCGGUUUCCACUCUACCAUCGGAUAUGGUACUGAACAACGGAAUUCAGGCUCGAACGAUUUAAGAGUUUUUGAUCAACACAAUCCUGCUGAUAUUAGUAAUCAAUCUAAGGUUCACCAAUCAACUCAUACGGAUGAUCUUAUAAGGAGAUUGGUUCCAACUCUUCCACAG